AUUAGUCAGCUAUUGGAUAAGUAAGGGUGAGGACGAUUCUUUUCAGUGCGAUAACAGUGUUGUUAUUAUAAAUAUGUAAAGUGUUAUGUUUGAAUAAAUCAUAAGUGCACUGACAGACGUUUGUAAACUAAGUGUGAUAUAUUAUUAGGGAUAAGGGACUGUAUCACAUAGACACGUACUAAAAGAAACGAGGAUGAGGAAUUACGAUGCAAGUUGGUGGACUAAGUUCCGUCUUCUAAUGUGGAAGAACUUUCUUCAGCAAUGGCGACAUCGAAUUCAAACUGUAGUGGAAAUGCUCUUACCGGUAGCAACAAUGGCACUAAUCCUCAUUCUUAGGCAUCAGAUUGAACCGAUUCGUCAGGAUACAGUAGUUUAUCCACCAGUACCUGCAUAUUCUUUAAAAUUCUCUACCACAGUUUUAGCUGGAUUAAAUAUAAGCAAACUUUCAGUAGCUUAUUCUCCAGAGAGUCCAGUUUUAGAAACCGUUAUACAAAAUGCUCUAGUUAAUUUAUUUACUCCAAAUAUAAAAGACCUCAUACAAAUUAUAAAAGACAAUUGGGGUGAAGGUGGUCUACCAUCACCGAUACCGCCUAACGUAAUUAAUAAUCCAGCUAUCAUCGGAGAUAUUGUAAAGUUGCUUAUACGAAUACAACCUUAUAAUAAUAGUAGAGCACUCGAAACGGUUUACAGCGAUGAGAAAGCUAUUCGUGAAGUCAUAGCUGCGGUACAAUUUGAUAACGACCUUCUCGGUUUGGACGACUCCAGGAAAGUUCCGUUUAAUAUGACAUAUUUUUUACGUUUUCCCGAAAAACCACGUCAGUAUUCGUUAUUUGGAAUUGGUGGAAACAGUUGGCGUACCGACGAAAUUUUCCCAUUUUUUGAGGUACCAGGUCCGAGGUUUCCUUUUUCUUGGGAAGGUGGCAAUGAUCCAGGUUAUGUCAAUGAGUUAUUUAUUGGUUUUCAACACGCGAUAUCUAUGGAAUUAGUGGAGCUUAUGACAGGGCAAAGUUUAAAAGACUUCACAGUGCAUAUAAACCGUUACCCACACCCGCCUUAUGUUCAAGAUUUGGCAGUGGAAGCAUUGAUGUAUAUAUUCCCGAUGUUCAUAAUGCUUAGCUUCAGUUACACCGCCGUCAAUAUUAUUCGAACAAUAACCAUCGAAAAGGAACUACAGCUAAAGGAAACUAUGAAAAUUAUGGGUUUGCCGACGUGGUUGCAUUGGAUGGCAUGGUUCUGGAAACAAUUCAUCUAUUUGUUCGUAACAGGCUUGCUAAUUACUGUAAUUCUAAAGGUAAAUUGGUUCACAAACGAGCAGGGCUUCAGUGGUUAUUCUGUAUUUACUAAAACACCAUGGACUGUAAUAUUGUUAUUCAUAAUGUUGUAUUUAUCUUGUACGAUAUUCUUCUGUUUCAUGAUAAGCAGUUUCUUCUCUAAAGGUAGCGUUUCAGCGCUGUUUGGGGGAGUUAUAUGGUUUAUUACCUUUAUUCCUGCUUUUCUACUGGGGAUGGAUGUACAAGUCUCUCUUCCUGUACAGGCUAUUACUUGUCUGAGUAUUAAUUCCGCUAUGUCAUAUGGUUUUCAACUAAUAUUAGGAGCAGAGGGUAGUCAAGGUAUGCAUUGGGGAGAGUUUUUCGCGACGCAUUCCAUUGAAACAGAUCGUCUUUUAUUCGGACAUGUAUGUCUGAUCCUGUUGUUGGACUGUUUUCUGUAUAUGCUGCUGGCCCUGUACUUCGAGCAGGUGCUCCCAGGACCUUGUGGAACCGCACGGCCAUGGUACUUCCCGUUCCAGAAAUCCUUUUGGUUCCCAUCGAAACAAAUUAAUCAUAAUUAUGAAGCUUACAAUAAUCCUGAAUAUAACAUUGCUAUUAAGGAAAAAGAUCCUACAAAUCUUAAAGUAGGAGUAAAAAUGGCGAAUCUUACGAAAAUGUAUGGAAGAAAUUUAGUUGUUGACAAUUUAUGUCUGAACAUAUAUGACGACCAAAUCACGGUGCUGUUGGGACAUAACGGUGCAGGAAAGUCUACAACGAUAUCAAUGUUGACAGGUAACGUGGAGGUAACACGUGGCAAUGUGUGGGUAGCUGGAUACGACAUGACGACACAGACGCAGCUCGGACGCGCUCACAUUGGACUAUGUCCGCAGCACAAUGUCCUCUUCAACGAGUUGACUGUUCGCGAGCACCUUGAAUUCUUCGCACGCCUUAAAGGCUACAGCGGUCAGCAGCUUGACGAUGAUAUCGAUAAGCUUAUUGAUAGCCUGGAAAUGCAGGAAAAGAAAAAUUAUCUCGCGGAGGGUUUGUCGGGUGGUCAGAAGCGUCGGUUGUGUGUUGGCAUAGCGUUAUGUGGAGGUGCGCGGGUGGUGCUGCUUGAUGAACCUACUUCCGGCAUGGAUCCUUCCUCGCGACGAGCGCUCUGGGAACUGUUGCAGAGGGAGAAGAAGAAUCGGUCUAUGAUUUUGACGACGCACUUCAUGGACGAGGCAGACUUUCUUGGUGACAGAGUAGCAAUCAUGUCGAGUGGCAGGCUUCAAUGUGUUGGUUCUCCAUACUUCCUAAAGCAACAUUAUGGAGUCGGUUAUACUCUGGUCAUAGUUAAAAAUAAAGACUUCCAAUUAGACCUCUGCACAUCCCUAAUUGGGAAGUACAUACCAGGCACUAUAGUCAAACAAGACCGGGGAAAGGAAGUGACGUACAGUCUCCCUAACAAUUAUUCACAUCUAUUUGAAGAGAUGCUGAACGAUCUAGAGAAGAACUAUGAAAAUAUUAAUUAUAAGAAUUACGGUUUAAUAGCAACCACUUUGGAAGACGUAUUUAUGUCAGUCGGAUCUGACGUAGAGGUAAACUCUGAAUCCGACGACACAACCAUCACAGCCACUGCAUCCGAAUGUACUGACAACGAUCAAAAUGAUCUUGCAUUAGACCAACUACAUAGAAGUGAUGAAAGUGAAACCGGCGCUAGACUACUUUGGUUGCACGUUAGUGGUAUUUGGUUGAAAUUGUUCUGGGUAUCGACUCGUUCCUGGGGCAUGCUGCUAUUGCAAAUUUUGGUGCCUAUUAUUAAUAUUAACGCAAGUUUGGCAAUAUUAGAAUAUUUAUUUGCUAAUCGAGCAACGGUUAUUCCGCGUGCGCUAUCUCUCUCACAAGGAUAUCUUUCGACGGAAACUUUAUUAGGUUUUAAUGGCACCGAAUCAUCCUCUUUAGGGGCUCGGGCUGUGCGAGGCUAUGAACUAUUAUAUAACACAUCAAACGUAGAGAGCAUGAGACUCACUGUGAUUGAUAAAACUGGAGUCGAUGAGUACUAUUUAAAUCAGACUGAAGAUCCGGUCGUCAUGGCGGCCAUACGUAAUCAAUUUUUGUUGGGAGCCACGUUUGCGGACAAAGCAGCGGUUGCGUGGUUUAGUAAUUUUGGUUACCAUGAUGUAGCCACCUCUCUGGCAAAUGUACACUCGGCUAUACUGAAAGGAAUUAACCCAUCCGCCAUUCUGAACGUCUUCAACUAUCCGCUACAAGCCACUUAUAGAGAUAGAAGCGACCUCCAAAUGAUGAUGUCCUUGCUGUCAAUGCAAGUGGCCUCAAGUGUCGGUAACAGUUUAGCCAUCCUCAGCGCAGCAUUCGUCAUGUUUUACAUCAAGGAGCGAGUGACCCGCGCCAAGCUCCAACAGAGCGCUGCUGGUGUACGUCCAGCUGUAAUGUGGGGUGCAGCAGCUGUGUUUGACUGGCUUUGGUUCGUGGUACUGUGUCUGCCGAUAAUUAUAUCCUGCGCAGCAUUCGCAGUUUUAGGACUUUCUACUGCUAAAGAGCUUGGUUACUUGUUCCUAUGUCUGAUGGUGUAUGGCGCGGCCAUGUUGCCUCUCCACUAUCUCUUCUCGCUGCUCUUCAACGGACCGGCAAUUGGAUUUGUUAUUUUAUUCUUUGUUAACGUUCUUUUUGGACUCUUGGGUGCACAAAUAGUUGAAGCGUUAAGGUCUAUAGCUACCAGUACGAAGCUUGCAGCGACUGCAUUGGACUAUGUUUUGCAGUUUUUCCCUCUAUAUAGCCUUGUUACAGCCACUAGGUUGAUGAACCAAUUAGGAUUAAAGACUUUCACGUGUUUGGAAGCUUGUGCAAAUCUGUUAGAAACUGUCAUUGGGAACACUACUAGCUGUAACAUGGAAUUCCUUUGUACACAGUUCCCGGACACGUGUUGUGUUAGCGAAAGCUUGUUCGAGUGGGAGGAUCCUGGAAUUUUGCGCUACAUAAUAUGCAUGAUCGUAACCUGUGUCCUCAUGUGGACUCUGUUGAUGGUUUUGGAACAUAAUUUGAUACAAAGGUUGUUGACUAAACGCCGCAGUCCACCUCCGUCUUCUGACCCAGUAGACGAGGAUGUUUUGGAAGAGGCUCAACACGCUCGGCGCGCGGACCUCGCUAACGGGCUCGUGGCACGUGGACUGACCAAGUACUACGGGAACUAUCUCGCCGUCGACAACAUAUCAUUUACUGUCAACGAAGCCGAGAUUUUCGGAUUGCUCGGAGUGAACGGUGCGGGUAAGACGACGACGUUCAAGAUGCUUAUGGGAGACGAGUCUAUAUCCAGCGGCGACGCUUUCAUCAGCGGUUACUCAGUCAGAAAUAAUAUCACUGAAGUUCACCAAAAUAUCGGUUACUGCCCUCAAUUCGACGCUGUGUUUGAUGAAUUGACCGGACGGGAAACAAUUCACUUGUUCUCGCGAUUUCGGGGGCUGAAAUACGCUAACUCCCCCGUGAGGGCAGAGAUAAUCGCUAAUGCACUUGGUUUUACCAAACAUUUAGAUAAAAGGGUGAAGCAGUAUUCCGGCGGGAACAAGCGAAAGCUGAGCACAGGAGUGGCGCUGUUGGGACGGACGGGGCUGGUGUUUGUCGACGAGCCCACCACGGGAGUGGACCCUGCCGCUAAGCGGACCGUCUGGCGAGCCCUGAGAGACGCUAAGAAGGCGGGUCGAGCCUUCGUGCUCACGUCACACAGUAUGGAGGAGUGCGAGGCGUUGUGUGACCGUCUCACUAUCAUGGUCAAUGGUCGAUUCAGAUGCUUAGGAUCACCGCAGCAUCUUAAAAAUAAGUUCUCUGAAGGGUUCACAUUGACUAUAAAGGUACUAGGACGAACUAAUGAGGACUCCCCAAGAACUUCAAUCAAAAGCGAAAGCAGUACCCAGGCCGUGAAACAAUACGUUUCUGAUAAUUUCAACAACGCAAAAUUAAUGGAGGAAUAUCAAGGUCUAUUAACGUACUACCUACCUGAUAGAAGCGUGCCCUGGUCAAAGAUGUUCGGUAUUAUGGAACAAGCGAAAAGAGAGCUCGACGUCGAGGACUACAGCAUCAUGCAGACCACAUUAGAACAGAUAUUCCUACAAUUCACUAAAUACCAAAAUGAAGCUAGAGAAACGUAAUAAAUGGUCUAAAUUAAUGAAAAUAAUUAUAGGGUAUUAGCAAAUUGUAUCAUAGUAAGAUAUCUGACACUUAAUGGGGGCCAUUUUAUCAGUAAUUUAUUGGGAUUCUAAGUUCUAAGAGAACAGUUUUAGGUACACUUCAAAUAUAACAUAUAAUAAAAUCGAUAUAAAGCAACAAAUAAAAAAUAAAAUUAAAUAAAAAAUCUUUUCAUACAUGUGAUAAAGGGAGGCCGGGUGACGUUAAAAUUGAAGUAAUUAUAGCUCAUUUUUUUGUAUUCAUCCAAAGCUUGUCAACAGUAAGUUGAGCAGAAAAAUAUAUAAGCAAUAUUGACAAAUGUCAUUAUUGAAACAUCUUAUCUUUUUUAUUACUUAAAGUAUAAAUAAUGCUACAAAAUAGUUUACUUAUAGAAAAUUGUUGUUCAUACAAUUGUCUGCAACGACUUUAAAUAUAUUACAUAGAGUUAGAGAACAUAUUAAAGGAACAUCGAACUUCAUUGUGUUUGUGAAUUUUUAAUAAUAUCUUGACGAUAUUUUUCAGGCCAAAUUCUCUAGUCAUUAAAGUGACAAAUUUCUCUCUCAUUCUCUUAUUUUAUAACUCAUCAAAAAAUCUGGAUUUAUAAAAAGAAUUUUCUUAGAUCCUGGUGACAAUUUGACCAUUUACAAUACAUGCUCACAAUCACGCACAAUACAUUCUCCGGUGAUGAGCCAAUUAUUCAGUAAACGUAUAAACGCCACUGUCGUAGGAGCAGCCUUUUAAUGUAUCCUCGGAACAAACCCAUUUUCGGGCCCUUUACACACACGUUAUUCCUAUGACGCACUGAUACACAAUAUACUGUUCAAUGUAAUUCCAAAUCCAAUGUCAAUUUCAAAUUUCGAAAUUUGAAUUCAGUGACAUUGAUUUUUUUUUAUGCGUGUGAAUAUGAAAUAAUUUAAAAAAAAUCUCUAAAAAGUUCUUAUUACUUACCACCGUUAACGAGAUUACUUCAAUUGUGAAAGUAUCAUGACAUUAAUAGGUUAUUCUUUAAAACAACUUAAGGUUAUUUAAACCAACACUAGAUUUAAGAUGGUUAUAUUUCACUAGUUAUCCAGAUUCAAUACAUAGUUUUGCUAGAAACUACAUAAACGUGUAAUUUUAUAAAGUAGUUAAUUGUUUUCAGAAUCGAUACCAAUAAUGUAUUUCAAGUUGAUAUUGUAAUAAAACCGAUGUUUAUACACGAUAUAUUUUAUUUAAUAAAAAAAAAAAUGUAUACCUAUCUACAAAACAUGCGCACACAUUAAAAAUAUCGCUCCGUAACACCAAAUCGUGAGAAAUCGAAAGCAUUGUAUGUAGUAUGAGAAUAUUUAUAAAAAACGUCGCUUUGAAAUAAUAAUAAAUAUAAUUUGAAUAAAUAAGGCUGUAGAUUGAAUACAACAUAACUUUCGUGGAUCGUUCAAACUUUUAGUUUAUUAGGAACUAAUUUAUUACUUAAAUACGAGUGUACUUUUAAAUUACAUAAAGUAGCAAAAUAAUAAAUAUUUUAAUACCCUUCUUUAAAGUAUAAAACCGUUAUGGGUUUGAACAAGAAAUGAACGGAGCACGGCUCGACGCGUUCUCAUAUCACAUUUGUAAACAAGCACAUUGCUUUAAGCAAAAUACUGACAGCAAUUCAUUGACUACUUAUAUAAAAAUAUACUAAAAUAAUUAUAAAAAUUAAUCAUAACAACAUCAUUAUAAUGACAUCGUUAUUACAUUCAGUGAUCUCAUAUAAAUUUUAUAACGAAUUUAUAAAAAAUUUUCAACAACCAUCCAAACGCAGAAAGCACAUCACAUAAAUUUUAUAUAGGUACUUGAAAUACGAAAAAAUUUAUUGCUAGCAAAGCUAUCCGACAGAAUAUGACGUGCGUUUUCUCUGUACAUAUUCCGGUUUACGUAUGUAUG